ACAUAGUUCGGAGGAAUUAGAGGCUCUCCGACAUGUCUCGACAUCGGGUAAUGUUAUCAUCGAAGUUGAUUCUCCCUUAGCUCCCGAACUCACUGCAGAAGCGCUCCCCACUAAAAUAAAAAUUCCACCAAUCGGCAUGUAUGAUGGAACUUCAGAUCCUGAUGCACAUUUAGGUCAUUAUACGUCUUGGAUGGAUUUGCAUGGCGCCUCUGACGCUUUGAGAUGUCGGAUGUUUUCUCUCACGCUGGGGCCGCGCGCACAGAAAUGGUACUACACUCUUCCACCUCAUUCAAUAUGGAAGUGGCAACAGCUACAUGCAACUUUCCGAUCACACUUUAUCGGAGCCCAAGUCUGUCUUAUUCCGAAAGAAUCAAUUACUAACAUUGUACAAAAGGAUACUGAAACAGUUAAAGACUAUAUAUCUUGGUUCAAUGACCGAAUUCAAAAUAUGGAACCUUGUUAUCCUGAAACUUUAUUGGUGACCGCGAUCACUGGAUUAAGGCCCAAUUCUAUGUUUCGUUGGACUCUGUGUCAAAACAAGUCGGCUACUUUUCAAGAAUUUCUUGUGCGUGCCCAACAAUUUAUUAUUGCCGAAGAGUCAAUGUCGGUUUCCAGUUUCGACUUCUCGGUUAAGGAAGAUAAGACUGAGCCAGAUGCGAAGAAAAAGAAUAAGAAGAACUUCGGAAAGGCACAAUACCGAAGUUAUUCGAAAGGUUAUGAAGAUACUCCAGAAUCCAAAGCCGCCCGAGACCAAUACGCCGAUAAUGUGAGGACAGGCUACCAAACUGUUUAUUCAGCCGGAGCAGCCACAAUUUUUGAAGAACUGAAAGGAAAAAGAAUCAUUCCUGAUCCGAAACCUGUUAGAACUCCUGAAGACAAGCUGGACAAAACUCGAUAUUGUGCGUACCACAAGUCCCCGGGACAUAAUACUGACGAGUGUCUCGGCCUCUUAUCGGCUCUCCUAC